AGGAAAAUACAAAAAAAGGGUGUUCGGUUCUUGUUGGACAACUUAAACUAUAACCGAAUUACAACCAGCGACACACAAUUACUAUUGUUGAUCGCGACUCCGUCACUGGUGGGGGGUUCUGUGGUGUGCUCGCUGGUGGCAAUAUGGCAUAAUUACUAUGCUUGGAAGCUCGUGUCCCCAGCAGCCCAUAAUCAGCAAUCAGCAAUAAAGGUAGCGAGAGGAUAACGGAAGCUUUACAAACCGUUAGCAACGAGAAUUAGAGCGUAGCACACGAAGCCUAGCACACGAAGCGUCCCAGGUGACAACUGGUAUACAUUUUUGGCUUAAACUCGUCGAUAAGAGCUCGAUUUAACCGAUUGUCACAUGAUAAUGAGAAUGUGUGAGUGAAGAACGUCAUGCUGAAGCGUUUCAUUUGGUUUGUGAUUUUCUGCCUUGCGUGAUGUGUGUCAUUAUCUCGCUCAAUUUUCAUUACAAUUAAUUCUUCGUUACAUGUACGUUUUAGCUAUUUAAUUCGUCAAUUACUUUUGUUACGUGGAUUAAGGAUAAACUUCUGUAGUGAAAGUUUGUUAUUAGUACUAAAACUCAAUGCAAAAUGAAACGAAGCAGAAAAGCUAUUUGCCGUACAAACAAAAAACUUGCUGUUUUAUCUACACAAUAUGAUAAUCAAAACAUGCAAUUGGAAGCUGCGGAAUCUAUCCAGAUGUUUCAUUGUAGUGAUGGAUCCCGCCAAGACAAUACCCCACCCCCCCUACCAAUGGAAGAAUUCGUUACGGAAUCUGAUGUAGUCGACCAUUGUGCCACACACAACAUCAGCAUCGAUAAUAUGUUGCAAGAAAUUUCGGAGGGUGGUAUUCAAAACAAUGAUUAUGAUUUGAAUGGUAAUGUGGAUGAGGAUGUGGAAUCAGAGGAUAAUGUAACGAUGAUACCCGUUGAAAACUCUUCUGAUGAAGAUUCAAGAGAUUUGGCUGAAGAUUCCACUACAGCUCAUGUAUGUAACAAUCAUAAUAACGUUAAUGAAUGUUUAAGAGAUUGGGCAAUUGUCCACAAUGAACCACGUUCGUCAGUUAAUGAAAUACUAGCAAUCUUUCGGAAAUGGACCGAAUUUAUUGUGCCAAAAGACUCGAGGACCCUGCUAAAAACUCCCACAACCAUCAGGUAUCAAAUCCAAACAGUAGCCGGAGGAGAAUUUUGGUACAAGGGAAUAUAUACUAAUCUCAAACACCUUUUUAAAUCAAAUACUCCGUUAGUAGAUGAAAUUUCAAUUCAUCUCUUCAUGGACGGCAUCCCUCUUCAUAAAGGAGGACCAACCCAACUUUGGCCCAUCCUUAUGAGAGUAGUAGAACUACCUCUAGCUCCGAUCAUGAUGAUCGCUGUAUUCUGUGGUUCCUCAAAACCAUCCUGUCUAGAGGCUUACCUGAGGCAGUUAGUAGAAGAAGCUAAUGAAUUGAUAAGUGCAGGUUUGCAGAUCGGAGGUAAAACACUGGGAUUUAAAGUCAAAGCAAUCAUUGCUGAUUUACCGGCACGCGCUUUUGUAAAAGCUACUACCAAUUUUAAUGGAUAUCAUGGUUGCAUGAGAUGUACUUGUGUUGGAGAAUGGCAUCGUGCAGGAAAAAAAAUCAUAUUUGAUGCUGUUGGAGCACCUCUAAGAACGGAUGAAGGAUUUCGACGAAGAGAAUGUCCUGGUCAUCAUCAAGUUUGGCGGUCGCCUUUGGAGGAUUUAAACAAAUUUGAUAUGGUUAAUGACGUACCAACUGAGCGUAUGCAUUUAAGCGACCUGGGGGUGACUCGACGACAUCUUUGUUGUUUAGUUGGGGGUAAGUUUAAGACAAUUCCAAACCUGUCUCCCACCGAUAAAGCGGCCAUAUCUAAGUUUUUUCUAAAAGUACAAUUUCCUUCCGAGAUCCAUCGUAAGCUCAGAGGAUUGAAUGUACUACGCUAUUGGAAGGCUUCAGAAUUUCGAUCAUAUUUGCAUUAUGUCAGCCCAAUAAUAAUGGAAGAAUUUUUAGGUAAAAAACCAUAUUGCCAUUAUUUGUUAUAUUUUUGUGGGAUAACAAUGUUUUCGUCUGCAUUUCAUAAGCAUCAUUGGAAACGUGCCUCUGAUUUUCUAAAUAGCUUCGUAAGGGAUUACGGUGAGAUAUAUGGUCGUGAGCAUUUAACAAACAACGUCCAUAACUUACAACAUAUAGCCCAUGAUGUUAAUGAAAAUGGACCUAUCGACGAUAAUUCUGCUUACGACUUUGAAAGCUUUUUACAAACUUUAAAACUAUCUGCACGGUCAGGAUUUAGAUGUUGUGUUCAAGUGGCGUCCCGAUCGGUAGAACGUGCUUCUAGUAAUGUGAAUCCUAGUAGUACAAACCGAACUUACCCAUAUUUAACUAGAAAUAAGAAAGGCAUUUUUUUGACCUCAGGAUUUGUUUUACGGCCGUUGAAAAGGGACAGAUGGUUUUUGACCAAACGCAAUGAAAUUGUUAAAUUUUUAAAUGUUGCAAAAACCAAUGGUACGUUUUUAGUGACAGGAAAAAAGUUUGAGUACCAAUAUAAUUUAUUUUCUUUUGUGUUUAGCGUGGAUGAUUCGGAGUUUGUAUUUUCAUCUUCCGACAUACUCAUUUUUAAAGUACGCGAAGAGAUUCCAACUACUGAAAUAGUAGUGUCUUUACAAGACAUCAGGUGUAAACUUGUAGCUAUAUAUCCUCCUUCUAAAUCUGGUACAAUUGCCUUUUUUCCACUUUUACAUACGCUUACACCAGACUGAGGUAGAAUUUGUCACAUAUAUUAAAGUAGACCUAGUGUGUUGCAUGUAACUUUUUGCAUUAUUAUUGUAUAUGGUACAAGGAUAGUUUAGUUAUUAUUCAUUAGUUUUUUUCGUUUGUAGUAUGUUUAGGAAUGAUUAUGCAUUAAAAUGUGUUUAAAAAUCAAAUUAGAAUUUUAAACGUCAAACAGCCUUCGUUCAUUAGUGAGGUGCGGGUCGAUUCGCACCUACA